AGGAGAGGCUCGAACUCGAUAUACGCGAAGCAUUUCGCCAUGGCCGCGUCCUCCUCCCUCCUCUCUCCUCCCCCUCUCUUUCUCCCUCCUCCCCCCUCUCCCUCUUCCAGAAGCUUCCUCUUCCCUUCCUCUUCUCGCUCUCCUCUCCCCCGCCUCCUCCGCCGAACCCUAACCCUACGCCCCUCCUCCGCCGCCGCGCCCCGCCGCGGCGGCGCCUCAUUCGCCGCCGCCGCGGCCCUCGGGAAGUUCUCGGAGGCGGAGCUCGUCGCCGUUCCCGACGCGGCGGAGGAGGUGGAGGCCGCGUUCCCCUCCGGCGCCGGGGUCUACGGGGUCUACGACAAGGACGGGGAGCUCCAGUUCGUGGGGGUCACCCGCAACAUCGCGGCGAGCGUCGCCACCCACAAGAAGGCGCUCCCCGAGCUCUGUUGCUCGGUGAAGGUAGGGCUGGUAGAUCAAGGUGCUCCGGAUCGAACAGUCCUGACCGAUGCAUGGAAAUCAUGGAUGGAAGAGCAUAUAUCUGCUACCGGUAAGAUUCCUCCGGGGAACGAGACAGGAAACAACACGUGGGUCUGCCGACCGAAGCAGAAGCCGGACUUGCGCCUGACCCCUGGACGCCACGUCGAGCUGAUGGUCCCUCUCGAAGCGCUUAUCGACAAGCUAGUGAAGGAGAACAAGGUGGUGGCGUUCAUCAAGGGAUCGAGGAGCGCUCCGCAGUGCGGCUUCUCGCAAAGGGUGGUGGGGAUCUUGGAGGCGCACGGUGCGGAUUUCGAGAGCGUCGACGUGCUGGACGAGGAGUACAACUACGGGUUGAGGGAGACGCUGAAGAAGUACAGUAACUGGCCGACGUUCCCGCAGGUCUUCGUAGGAGGGGAGCUUGUGGGAGGGUGCGACAUUAUUGCCUCCAUGGCUGAGAAGGGGGAGCUCGCUGCUCUUUUGCAGAAACAAUAAUUCUCUCUUCCUUGUACCAGUUGCGAAUUAGCUUUGUAACCAUUUUAUGUCCUUGUAACACUGUUUCUUUAGAUGCUUCAAUGGCCUGGAACAAUUCUCAUUAUUGAAAAAAAGCUAAUAUUAAUUAAUAAAACAAAUCAACUUUUGGGCAACA